AUGACUGAGACUCGGAGCCGCUGCUCUCACACAGGCUCACGAAAGGUGAAGCACACAACACGCCCUCCUGCAGGGACCAAACCCCGCCGCUCAGCCCGGCCCCUUGGCCGCCGCCCCUCCGCCAGCCCCGCGGGCAGCACGCAGCCUCCACCCGCCCCGAGCCCUGCCUCCGCUGCCAGUUUGCGGCGCCUGCGCGGUGCCGUUCCCGGUUCUCGGUGCCGGUUCUGCGUGCCGAGCGCGGCCAUGGAGGCGCUGCGGUUAUGGCCUCUGUGGCUGCAGGGCCUGGCGCUGGUGUGUGGCUGCGCCAGGCUGGGGCUGGCACACCUCACUCCCACGAUUGCGCCAGCACCUGUGUCGGCAUGUUCAGAAUUUUCUCAGAGGUCUUGUGAAGAAUGUCUGAAAAACGUUUCGUGCCUUUGGUGUUACACCGAAAAUACUUGUAUUGAUUACCCUGUAAGAAGUAUUAUUCCACCAUCUUCACUAUGUUCCCUCUCAAAUGCUCGGUGGGGAGUUUGCUGGAUAAACUUUGAGGCUUUAAUAAUUGCGAUAGCUGUAGUAGCUGGACUCAUUCUGGUGUCCAUAGCAGUCUGUUGCUGUUACUGCUGUUACUGCAGAAGGCGUUCCAGGAGUAGACAAGAUGAAGAAGAAGAAGAAGAGCUAACUAGGAAGAGAGAGGAACGAAGACUACAGUCUCUUCAGAGGAAACUUGAAAGAAAAUGGAAGCAUGAUGAAAUCCGCAAGAAGUAUGGUCUUCUCCAGGAUUCUGAUAAUCCAUACAGUAGAUUUGAGAAUGACUAAAGAUGAGCACCUUCCACUUGAGCUGUAACUCCAACUGCAGAACAGAGGAAGAUAUUAUGUUUUCAUUUCUUUUUUUUUUUUUUUUUUUUCAAAGUUUUUCUUUCCUGGUUGUAAAACUAGGAGUGGAUAAAGACUUCAUGAAAUACAUAUUUCUUCAACCUAUAUAGAACUAAUUUGUCUAUAAAUGCUUUUUAAAAAUAUGUUAGCUGAUUUUUAUGGUGACAUUUAAGUGUGAAAUAAUAUCUAUCCUCCUCUUAAAAUUAUUUUGCUACUUGGUACAGAUGGCUAAUAGUCACAGUCUUGUGUUUGCAGUCAGUCUUACCUGCCACUUGGAAAGCUGUUCCCAAAUAUUUUUCCCUACUGUAUCUUUUUUUAUUUUUUUAAUAUAAAAAUAAAAGGCAAUAUGGAAGCACAGCUUCACACAGCAGAGGCAGCUAAUGUUGGUAUUGAUGAGAAAAUACAACAGGCACAUUGUUAGAAAUGGGUGGAGCUUUUUUCCCUCUGGAAAGAGAUCUUCAAGGGUCUGAUGCCUAGGGACUGAAAGUGGGGAGCGUGAUUGCCUUUGAAUAAUUCAACUCAGUUAUGGAGAUUUUGAUUUGCACUUUGGAUAUAUCACUGAUGUGAAAAAUUAUUUCAUUUUGCCAAAUUGGAAGAAGGUUGUUCUUGAAAUAUAUGUAGUUAUGUGUGCCUAAAUUUAAGAAGAAUCAUCAGCCUGUGUGAACACUUUCUUCUGUAAGCUUAAUGUAUAAUUAACAGAAAAAGCCAAAAAUAGUUGCCAAGAUUCUGCAGUUUAUCAGGGUUCACCCUGGCCAGCAGCUAAGCACUGCCCUGUUGCUCACUCCUUCCAUAGAAUGGGGUAGGGGAGCAAAAAAGAGAGAACUCUUGGUUUGAUAUGAAGAUGGCUUAGUAAGUGGAGGAAAGGAGGGAUCCCCACCUCCCAGCUCUGCCCACCCUUCUGUGUUUUUGUUGCUGAGCAUGUGUAUGGUGUGGUGGCGUGGAAUAUCCCUUCAGUCAGUUCUGGCCAACUGAGCCAGCUGUGUCCCCUCCCUACUUGCCCACCCCAGCAGAGUGGAGAAAAAUGACACCUUGCUGCUGUGCAAGCAAUGCUCAGCAAAAGUCAAAGCACUGGUGUGUUAUCAGCACUGUUCCAGCCACAAAUCCAAAGCGAAGAACCAUGCAGGCUGCUCUGAAAACCAUUACCUCCGUCCCAGCCAGACCCAGUACAGUGAGAAGGCAGUAGUUUGGGUUUGUUUUUUUUUAACCUUUCAUUGUUCUUUUGGUAUUUCCAUUAUGUGACUUAUUUCCUCUCUGUCUUUUCAUAGAGGUGUUUCAUUGACUAUUUUCAGUAGCUUAACAGUGUGAUGCAACAAGCAAAGAUCUCUUCUGCCCCUCCCCCAGUUUAAUGCAAGUUCCCAUUCUGUACAGUUUAAAUAAGCUCACUUGCUGUAUAUUAUCUAUUAAACAAAUGUAAAGUAUUGAAGAUGUUCAUGUUAUUUUUAAAGUGUUCCUCAAAUAAACACUUUAACAUCUUUAA